GUCCGGCGCCUGGAGCAGCACCACGCCCAGCUCCUCCGCAGGGACCGCUUCAAGGUGCUCAUCUUCCAGGAGGAAAAUGAGAUCCCUGCCAGUGUUUUUGCAAAAGAGCCUAUUCCCAGCAUUACAGAAGGAAAAGAGGAGCCCGCGGAUGAGAACAAAACACUGGAAGAAACCUUGCACACCGUGGAGUUGGGUUCCGAUGAUGAAAUGUUCCACGAGGAUGAUGAUGUGGAUGACAGCGCAGAGGAGAAAACAGAAGAAUCGAGAGCUGAGAAAAUUAAGAGAUCUAGCCUCAAGAAGGUAGACAGCCUCAAGAAAGCAUUUUCUCGGCAAAACAUCGAGAAGAAGAUGAACAAGAUCAGCACAAAGAUUGUCUCGCCUGAACGGAGAGAAAAGAUCAAGAAAACCCUUACUGUACAUCAUCAGAAAUCCUCUUCUUCAAAGAGUUCGGGUUUCAAAGUGUCUCCUCUGACGUUCAAUGUGAAGAAAGCCCGUGAAGGAGAAAGCCCUGCUGACGCCGAGGACAGAGCAACAGAAGCUACAAGCAACGAGCAGGCUGAGAACGAGGACGAGGUGUCGUUCGCCGACACGCACUCAGACGUGACCCCUACCACCUCGCUGACCCAGGAGGGCAAAGCAGCAGCUGAUGCCCUGCAGAAGGAAGGCAGAGUGGAAGGGAACGCCGUGAUGAACAACAUCGAGCUGUCCAUCGUUGAAGACGACGAAGAGUAUGGGAUGCCUCUAGAAGUUUCCAGCCAGAAACUGUAUGAUGAGAGAAACAAGCCAGUCGGCGGGGAAACGGAACAAUCUGAUGAAGAAACCACCCAAGCAGCUGUCCUGCAGAUAGACCAAACGGCGUAA